GGUAAUUAUUUUUUCAAGUUUUACUUUUGUUGCACUACCCAUAUUUGGUAAGGCGAGUGAAGGCCUCCACUUCUUGCGUCAUUUCCGGCAUCUUUCUUUCCGGUUCGUCCUCCUAACAUGGCUCCGAUUCAGCAGCAGAAGAAGAAGAAGAGCAAAAAGUCGCCCGGCUGGAAGUUUAGCCUGGAUCUGAGCCACCCUGUCGAGGAUGGCAUCCUGGACUCUGCCAACUUUGAAAAGUUCCUGAAGGAGAGGAUAAAGGUGAACGGCAAGACCGGCAAUCUGGCCAACGUGGUGUCCGUCGCCCGCGCCAAGAACAAAAUCCACGUCGCGUCUGAGAAGCGCUUCUCCAAAAGGUAUUUGAAGUACCUGACCAAGAAGUACUUGAAGAAGAACAACCUGCGCGAUUGGCUGCGAGUGGUCGCCUCCGACAAGGAAACGUACCAGUUGCGCUACUUUCAGAUUAGCCAGGAUGACGACCAGUCCGAAGCGGAAGACUAGACCGACCGACUGACCGACCGUCGGGACUCGCAAAUAAAAAUGCAAAAACACA